AUGACACCUUACGUCUGGAUCCAGUAUCGUCAGAACUGCGGUAUGAUCCAGCUCAAAGACCUCGAGUACGACCCAAAUUGUGAUCCGGAUAAUCCCCGUAAGAUAAAAUAUGAAGAUAUCUUAGCUGCAUAUCAACGGAUGGUGGGCCAAGUAAUACGAACACAAUGCCCGCGUGCUCACAUGUCGAAAAAGCUAGGAGUAGAAUUAUACAUGAAGCAAGAGUUCCUGCAAUACUCAGGAUGUUUCAAGGAGCGUGGAAUUUACAACGCCCUGGUAUUGCUGAGUGAUGAACAGAAGAAACUUGGCGUCAUCACAUCCAGCUCCGGCAACAGCGGCAUUGCCAUGGCUUUAAACUGUUCCAAGCUAGGUAUACCAUGCAGCGUGGUCAUGCCGUUCAAAGCUUCCAUCUUCAAGAGAACCCUCGCCGAGCGGCUCGGUGCCAAGAUAAUACUUCAUGGCAAAGAUAUGGCAGACUCGAAACGACAUGCCAUGAUUUUUGACCACCCACACAUAAUAGAAGGCGAUGGCACCAUUGGCAUUGAGAUCAUAGACCAGCUUCCUGACGUGGAUGCAGUGCUGGUCCCAUGCGGAGGUGGAUCCCUUCUCACAGGAGUCGCCAUUGCUGUCAAACAUCUGAAACCUGAUACUGAGGUUUAUGGUGUGGAAACAGACAAAUCUUGCAGCAUGAUGGAAGCUCUGAAGAAAAACGAACGAGUCUUCGUACCAAUAGAUUCCACUAUUGCUGACGCACUGGCUGUGAAUAAAGUUGGAGUUAACACUUUCUUCAGUCUGAAAGGGAUGGUUGAUAAAAUGGUGGUCGUCAAAGAGGAUUGGGUGGCGCGUGCAAUAAUGCACAUUGUAGAGGAAGAGAAGUUUGCGGUGGAAGGUGGCGGUGCAGUAGGCGUGGCAGCUCUAAUGGCCGGUCUUUUCCCUAACUUAAGGGGCAAGAAAGUGGUAACCAUUUGUACUGGUGGUAAUAUGGACACGACGACAUUGGGACGUGCUUUGGAGCGUGGCAUGGCGGCAGAGGGGCGGCUGCUGAAGUUUAAAGUGUCGGUGUCCGACAGGCCCACCGGGAUUGCCGACCUGUGCACCAUGCUCGCUGGCAUCGGCGCCAGCGUACGAGACUGUGUCCCAGAACAGUCAACAGAGAAUCCAGAGAGAACAGUUUCCGUCAAACGCGGCCCUUGUCUCGCGCCAAACCCCGUGUGCAUGCAAAAGUAG